GUGACGGAGGAGUCACCUGGGAGAAUGCUCCUCAGCUCCACUAUAUAAGACUGAGCAGAUCAAGAGGGGAACCAUGAAACAGCUUCAGAGAGAAGACGGGCACCAGUCAACCUACUUUUACAAUCCUUCUCUCAGACGCUCAUCAGAAAGGAGCACAGAAGUCAAACGAUGAAGAGCGCUCACUCUUUGGCUGGAGUCCUGCUCCUCAUCAUGAUCCAAAGCAGCUGGCAGAUGCCUGACCAGGACACAGACCGAAACCCCAUGCUAUUGGCUCCAAACUCCAUGUUGGCCGAACCCAUCGAGCUCCCAAACAUGAAGAGACAUUCGGAGGGGACGUUUUCCAACGACUACAGUAAAUAUCUGGAGACGAGAAGAGCACAAGACUUUGUCCAGUGGCUAAAGAACUCAAAAAGGAACGGGAGCCUAUUUAGACGCCAUGCAGACGGCACCUACACCAGCGACGUGAGCUCCUACCUGCAGGACCAGGCAGCCAAGGAGUUUGUGUACUGGCUGAAGACCGGCCGAGGCAGAAGAGAGUAAACUCAGCCAACUGCUCCAUAAAUAAUGCAACAAUUCAUACUGGCUCUGUGUGAUUAUAUGUUUCACAAACUGUACUAGACUUUUUUUCUUGGUCAUGCUAUUAAAUUCCCCUCAUUGAAAAGCUC